AGGUUACAAUGCAGGAGGACUCAACUUUCCGGGACUCAGUAAUGGACAUGGAGCAGGUCUUGGGUAUCCCUACGGUGGAAAAAUUGCACAGCCUGGUUAUGGACAAGGACUCUACCCUGCGGCUGGAUAUGGAAAUGAAAAUUUAAAUGGAGGAAACAUGGGCCCAGGUAAAGCAGCCAAGUCUAGAUCUGAGCCUGUGAAUAGCUACGGUGUGGUUGGACAGCCUGACUAUGCAACCCUUGGCCAAGUUCUGCACACUGCUGAACAGUCAGGUGGCACAAGGCAGGUCUCAUUCAGUGAAGCCCCAGUGGUCCCUGCUGGAAUUGAUGGAAUAAGUCAGUUGGAGACUCACCCUGCAGGCCUUCUUCCAAACGGAGCGCCUCCUAGUGGUCAGUCACUUGGAAUGGCUGCAGAGAAAUCAAACACCAAAUACGGUGUUGAUGGGCUGCAGUUUGGACAACCAGUCAAUCUGGGCGUUAAUGGUGCAGGAAACUAUGGUUAUAGAUUUAACCCAUAUGGGCCUGCUGGUGAAGCUAAAGCAACUGGAAAUCAUGGAUAUGGUGGGUUACCCAAUGGUGGGCAACCUUUAGGCCUUGGAAGUAAUGGAAAUAUACCAGGAAACUAUGGUUAUGGGACUCUUCCUUAUGAAGCUCAACCAGCCGGUCUGACACCUGAAGCAAAAUCUAGAGGCCAAUAUGGUCUCAUCAGAUCACCAAACCAUCCUGCACCUUCUGGCUUUGGAUAUAAUGGAAAAUCAAUAGCAAAACAUGGUGGCGGAGAGGUUCCCUAUGCACCACAGAUUCUUGGCUUUGGAGAAGAAGCGAAAUCAGGAAAAUACGGUAAACAGGAAGCUUACCAGUCACAGCCUCUUGAGUCUGCAGCUAGAGAAAUGGCUGGUCUGAUUUAUGACCACCAAACUACUGAAACAGAAUCAGCUGGGAAACCUUAUGUUAAGGGAGAGCUGCCAUCAUCAGCAUUUGCAGUGCAAGAAAACGUGGGGUACAUAAAGGGACAUGUGAAGCCAGAUGCGGGUACAUUUCCUGCAGCUCCCACACCCAGCCCCACCCUGGAGUACUCCUUCACACCAGAUGAGGGUGUGCAGGACUUAUCUGACACUGACGGCACCGCCAGCUUCUUCGAAUAUGCUCCUGCUACAGGGACACGGGGCGAAGUGCACAUGUCUGAGCAUCUGGAUGACCUGCAGCUGCCACGUCAGAUACAAAUUCAGCAACAACUCAGACUGCAUUUCCACCCACAAGGAGGAAAGAAGUACGAUUUAAAUGGCUUCUUUGGGAAUAGUGACCAUUAAGAUUGACUCAGCUGAGGAAACAAGCAUGUUUUCUAUUUCAUUGUUUUGAGUUUUGUUUCCUAUUUUGUAUAGUAUUUGUAUAAAUGCCAGCCAUUUUAUCCCUUCACCAAUUCUUACCCCUAAAAAUUGGGAUUCAAAACAAACCCUAUUAUGGUGCUGCCAACCAUGAGAUUUUUGGUACCCACUGUGGGUUUGAUCACAACAGUCAACCGGCCAAAAUGUGGGAGAACAACCAAAAAUAAAUGAGAAUACACUGCAGUACAAAGUCUUUUGAUGAUGAUAUAUGGUGCUGCGCCAGUUCAGCUCUAACAAGAUGUUCAGCCCAGUUAAGAUGAAUUGAUUCAUGUUUGGAGUUCACAGCUCCAGCUUAAACGAGUUCUCGUUUAUUUAUCAUCAUUUGCAUGAUAAAUGUACAUUUUAUUCUCUCCUAUUGUCUUUGCUCACAUGAACUAUGGUUUAUAACAUUUGGCUGAAUUUCCGAAACAGCCUCUCUCAUUCACGUAUUUUAAUAGUUUCAUCAACACAAUAGAACAUUUUUACUGUAAAGAGGUCCUUUUAUCAUACGUUUUAAAUGGCGGCCAGUUUUAACCCUGUUAUUAACAUCAAUAAUAUGCCCUUUAAGCUGUUAUUGCAUAGUCAAAAGCCCGCUGUAAUAGUGAAAAACGGACAAAAACUGAGAAAUCUUUCCGUCCCCCCCAAACAGAAUGAUGUUAACUGACCUGAAGAUGAGCUGCGUUCUCUCCAGGUUCCUCUUUGGAAACAGCAUUGUUCAGUUUAAAGUUCUCAAAAUAUCAGCUCCACUCAUAAAUGAGUUCAUUUAAAGUCGUACGGGCACCACACUGAUGAAGUACAAUUUAAUUAAGUAAUAGGAUAUAGAAAAGCAUCUUUAUCACUAUUUAUCAGCAUAAUUAAUGAAAAUGCUUAACUGCGAUGAAAAAUAAAACCAUACACCAUGGUUUCAGUUUGAAACCAAAGUAGGAAGGGAUAUGAAGUGGUAAAGGGGAAACUGACCUAGAACCAAUUUUUGCCUGUAUUUUAUUUUCCUUUGUUUGCAUGCAAAAUAAUCUUUCACCAUUCUAAGUUUUAGUUCUGUUUUACUGUGUAUAUUUCCAGCUGGGUUUGCUUCAUUAGUGGUGUAUUUACUGUUUACUGUGUGCAAAGAAGGGUCAUUAUCUUUAAUAAACCUGUUAUUUUUGCCAGAAUAGCAAAACCUUUCCUCUAAAUACUGUAAGAAUGAUUCAGUCUAAUUUAUGAAAGUGGGAAAGUUUUUGUUUUUUUACAACUCAAUGUAGUAGUAUGUUUAUUGUACAAUAUUUGAUUAAAACAAAUCAAAUUCCAA